UCAUCUCCGACCUUGAAGCUUCAGAUCGACAGAGUAUACGCCACGCUAAUCACCCGCUACCCACCUAUCUAUUCGUAGUACAUCAACCGAACCUUAUAUCGAACUUACGGUCGGACAAUCAACGACCCCGAAUCAUACCUGAAGAGGACAAGGGAAUCAUCCGACAUGGCGCAAGGGCAGGUAGAGACGUCAGCACAGGCAUUACGUCGAUCGCUCGAGGAGAGAGACCUUGCAUUCUCAAGGUUGAUGACUUUGAUUCCGGCUCGAUACUACAUUGUCGAUACGCCUGAAGAGGCCGACAAUAAAUGGAUGAAGAACAAGAAAAAGCGGUCAGCCGAGGAGAUUACACAGACGAGAAAGAAGGCCAAGUUUGAGAAGCGCUGCUUUGCUAGAAACUUGGUUAUUGAUAACAUGGGGACCUGGCAGUUCGAUCCGGAAAACGACAAGACCAUUCUCGAGUUGCAAGCAGAACGAGCUGCAUUGAACAACGACGACAGCGCCACUCGCUUAACACCGAUGACGCCGACCGCGUCGAUCUCCACUUUGCGACAAAAGCUGCAAGACAAGAUUGACUCGCUGCGAAAGGGUCGCAAAGGUCCUCUGGAUGAGGUGGAUGGCAGACCAGACACCCGCGGAAUGGGCGGAGAAACGGAUGCACAGCCGGACGAGGUAGCCAGCGAUGACGGCUCCCUCUCGGACGGCGACAAUGAUACCCUCGCUUCCCGUGAUGAGAUGCUCGAGGCAAGACGUAAGAAAAGGGGAGAGGUUCGAGAUAACCGACGGAGAAGAAGAAAAGAAGAGAGGCGGGCGGGCAAAGAAGGUUCCCAAAAGCGUGGCUCCGAGAUCAAACCUGGCGAUAAAUCUAAAACGACCGAUUUCACUGCGAAACCCGGCAAAACCAGUCUCUUGGUACCGAACUCCACCGCACAGGCUAGCUCCAGUUCGGCUAGUAUGAUCCCCGAUUCAAAUGUGUCCUUCCCAUCGAUUUCGCUGCCAUCCGUAGGGGGAACCAAGUCGCACACUCAACUCAAGUCGAUUUCCAACCCGACUCAAGCGUUGGCUCAUCUCCAUGCUCAGAAGUCGAAACUGGCCGAGAUGCCGGAUGAGAAGAGGAAGGAGAUCGAGGAGAAGGAACGCUGGGGUAAAAUGCUGCAACGAGCUGAAGGUGGCAAAGUGCGUGAUGAUGAGACGAGGCUGAAGAAGGCGGAAAGGAGGAUGGAGAAACAAAAGGCCAAAAGUGGCAAAGAAUGGAGCGAUCGCAAGCGUCAAGCUGAGCAGUCUCAGGCGAUCAAGGCAAAGAAGAGGAAUGAGCACAUUGCAGCACGUUCCGAUGCCAAGAAGAACAAGAAGUUGGGCCUGAAGCCGAAAGGCGAUAAGGACAAGGGUGCCGGGAAAGCCAAAUCCGGGUACAAGGGAAAGAAACCCGAUCAAGACAAAGGAAAAGGCAAACCGAGACCCGGGUUCUGAUAGAGCUUCUCGUUUCCCUAUUCCGAGUCCGCUCUGCUGAUAGUAUGUCAAAGCAUGUAGAUAUCACGCAGUCAUAGGGCGUGAAUGUAGUCCCAGCGCGGUAUUGGGACUGUUGACGGUUUAGCACACUGAGCUUCUGCUGGUUCCAUGCCGUAUGCGAUGUGAUUCGUGAUGCGGAAUCAUAUGAGCUUGAAUCUGCUUUGCUGUUCGGCGUACGCCCUCGUUCAGUUGUCCUGCUGAGACCGUUGCAUGCAUCGACUGCCCAGGCUAAAUGAUCCAAUAGCCAAU